UAGUUACUGGUUUCCCAAUUCCCCUCCUGGUGUCUCGAACCCAUGAUCAAAUGGUUUUAGGUGAAAGUGCUUACCAACUGGCUACCUUGUCUUGACUCCAUCAACUAUUAAUUUGUCCAUGCUUACCUUGUUUUGUUUUAAUGUGAAAAAUAUAAUUCAAUCCUGUAAAUACAAGAACAAGAGAUAAUGGACAAAAGAAAUUUAUGGUCUUCCGAUCACAAUGUUCUUCAUCAACUUUGAGCAGUCACCAACACUUCAUUUAGAACACUCGUAAGAUUUUACAUAGUAAAAUUCACUUUCACAUAUCACAAAGACCGACCAUAGAGCCUUACUCAUUCCACUAGAGUAUCUUCCUGAUGCGUAUCUAACUAAUUUCACAGAUCUAAUUUUAUCCCGAUGUUGAGAUGCGUACUUCUCUCCAUGUUUAUUGUAUCUAGAUUGUGCUUAGAUAACCAUUUGAUCCCCAUGGAAGAAUAAAUGGUUACAAGAGUACGCUCCAAGCAUGUCCGAUCCAAAAGUCGAUUAUGAGUGAGUGACUACCUUCUUAUAACUUCCUUUCGCUUUCAUGCAUGUAGCUUUAUUUCGUUGAACUUUGAUCGUUCAAUCUGAAUUAUAUCCAUUUGCAUAUACAUAUUGACAGUUGUUUAUAUAUCAUGAAUAUUAUAAUGUAGGGAAUGUAUGAGAAUUUGAAAACAAGAAUAGAGGAUCGGUGCAUAAUGAGUUCGCAAGCGGCUAAAGAUUUUGGUGAAGGGGCAACAAACGAUUUUACCAUCCAAGAAGAUCAUCCUGCUGUAAUUCAGGUUAUCUCGGAAACUAAAGAUGUGCGAGGUUGUGCAAUGCCGAAUCUCAUUUAUGUAUCAAGACAGAAGAGCCUUACAUCCCCCCACCAUUUCAAGGCUGGAGCCCUUAAUGUUCUCGUAAGAAAUUCAGAACUCUACACAUUAAACAAAACAAUUAGUUAUUUUUUUUACAUUCUCGUAUCCUCAAUAUUUGUUAUUUUUAUAUAUUUAUAUAUAUGUGUGUGCGCGCGCGCGUAUGCAUGUUUUUACGUGAAACAGCUUCGAGUAUCAUCAAUAAUGACCAAUGCUCCAAUAGUUCUGACAUUGGAUUGUGACAUGAUAUCCAAUGAUCCAUCAACACCUCAACAAAUGCUAUGUUUUUUUAUGGAUAGUUCAGUGAAGUCGAAUCUAGGAUAUGUUCAGUUCCCUGUUCGUUUCAAUGGUGUUAACAAGGCUGAUAUUUAUGGAUCCGAGUUUAAGAGAAUGUAUCAUAUAAAUCCAAUGGGCUUAAAUGGUCUUUCGGGCCCCGAUUACUUUGGGACUGGUACAUUUUUCAAUCGACAAGUCUUUUUUGGUGGACCAUCAUCCUCAAAGAAUACCGAGCUCGAAUAUGUUGUCAAGAAGCCUAUCAAUAAUCAUGCUAUUUUAGAGUCAGCACAUAAUAUGGCAAGCUGCGAUUAUGAGAACCAAAGCGAUUGGGGAUUAAAGAAAGGAUUCAGAUAUGGUUCCUUGGUGGAGGACUACUUCACCGGUUAUCAGCUACACUGCCAAGGUUGGAAAUCAAUAUUUUGCAAUCCUAAAAGGGCAUCAUUUUUAUCUGAGAUGCCAAUUUCCCUUCACGAAAUGAUAACGCAAACCAAGAGAUGGUCCGUCGGACUUCUUGAAGUGUCUUUCUCAAAGUAUAGUCCAUUAACGUUCGGUACAAAAUCUCUCGGACCACUCAUGGCUCAUUGUUACUCUUACUAUGCUUUCGGUCCUAGUUGGUCAAUCCCUAUCUUGUUCUACGCUUUCCUUCCUCAAAUUUAUAUGCUCCACAAUAUCUCCAUUUUUCCAAAGGUGUCAGAUCCAUGGUUUUUGUUGUACAUGUUCCUAUUUGUUGGUGCUUAUGGACAAGACUUGUUGGAGUUCAUCUUAGAACAAGGGACAACUCUAAGAUGGUGGAGUGAUCAAAGAAUGUGGCUUGUUCGAGGACUUUCUUCUGAUUUUUUCGGAACAUUGGAAUACGUAAGCAAUCGCUUGGGCAUUGCCUCAAGAGGAUUUAAUGUGACUACAAAAGUAAACGAUAAUGAACAGAGGACGCAAUAUGAUAACGGAAAAUUCCAAUUUGGGGUUGUCUCUCCCGUGUUUAUGCCGUUUUCAACGGCUGCAAUCGUAAAUUUAAUUGCAGUUUUUGGAGGGUUCUUGCAACUGUUGAGGGGCACAAUUUUACUUGAUGAGUUUUUGGGCCAAAUUAUUAUUUCCAGUUUCGGGAUGGUGAAUAGCUGGCCUGUUUACGAAGCAAUGUUCUUCAGAACUGAUAAAGGAAGAAUGCCCACAAAGAUAACCAUCUUUUCAGUUAUUCUUGCAUGGCUUCUCAUCUCUUUGAUGACAAAGAUGUAAGAUUUAAUACACUUUUAUUUCAAUGGUUAAGCGAAAAAAAUGGCCAAUACUCCUUGGGUAUGUAUUAUAAUAAUAAAAACAAGGAAAAUUAUGGUUAUUUUUAUUUAUAAUUUCAAUAAAAGUAUAUUACUUCA